AUGGCAAAACAAAUUAUUCAACGAAUCAAGGAUGAUGUUUCGAAAAUUUAUGAUCGAAUUCGAAAUAAUGCUUCAGACAAGACGAGUGACACAAAAUUUACUAUUAAGAAAACAACAAAAGUGUAUGUUACAGCUGUUAUAAAAAAUUUACGUGAAUUUCAAGAUGUAUGUGUAGAUCAACAGUUAAAAAAACAAGUCAAUGGUAUGUGCAUUGAUGUCGGAAUAUGCCGUUUGAUGGAACAACACAAUUAUGUACUGUACAUAAUGUUAUAA